GCAGGGCCGUGCGUGCAGCGGAGCGGCGGGAGCCUCAGCGCGGGGUAUAAACCGGAGGAGCCUGAGGAUACUCUGAAGACACUGAAAAGUUGUGGUUCUUUAUUUGGAAUACACGUUAUGAACCCUUUCUGGAGCAUGUCUACAGGUUCUGUGCGCAAGAGACCUGAUGCUGAAGAGAAAACUUUGAGUGGAGAGGUACGAACCAGUCCUCUACGAGCCUCUGCAAAGAAACAAUUGCCUUCUAUUCCAAAGAAUGCUGUGCCAAUAACCAAGCCUGCUUCACCUGCCAUGUCGUCCCAGUCAACAAAUGGAACACACGCUUCCUAUGGGCCAUUUUAUUUGGAGUAUUCCCUACUUGCAGAAUUUACCUUGGUUGUAAAGCAGAAAUUGCCAGGUGUCUAUGUGCAGCCAUCUUACCGAUCAGCAUUAAUGUGGUUUGGUGUAAUAUUCAUAAGACAUGGGCUCUACCAGGAUGGUGUGUUUAAAUUUACUGUCUAUAUUCCUGAUAAUUAUCCAGAUGGAGACUGCCCGCGCUUGGUUUUUGAUCUGCCUGUCUUCCAUCCACUAGUAGAUCCUUUGUCUGGUGAACUGGAUGUGAAAAGAGCAUUUGCAAAGUGGAGACGAAAUCAUAAUCAUAUAUGGCAAGUAUUAAUGUAUGCUCGCAGAGUCUUCUACAAGAUUGAUACAACUACUCCCCUGAACCCUGAGGCUGCAGUGCUGUAUGAAAAAGAUAUUCAGCUGUUCAAAAGUAAAGUGGUGGACAGUGUCAAACUAUGCAGCAGUCAUUUAUUCGAUCAGCCCAAAAUAGAGGAUCCAUAUGCAAUCAUUUUUUCUCCAUGGAAUCCAGCUAUACAUGAUGAAGCUAGAGAGAAGAUGUUGUCUCAGAAGAAGAAGCCAGAAGAUCAGCACUGCAAAAGCAUGCAUGUUUCUGGCCUCUCCUGGGUAAAGCCUGGCACAGUUCAGCCUUUCAGCAAAGAGGAGAAGACAAUGCCUACUUAGCUCUUCUGGACAAUGGUGCACAAAACACUUUCUGUGGGUGGAGGGAAUGUAACAGAAGGAGAAACAGCAAAGCAGCAGUUUCCUCUUAACUAUGGAUUAGUAAAAACUGAAUGGUAGCAGUGACUCCAGUAAACCUGUUCAUUGGAUUACUGACUCUUAAGGUUUUACAUAUGCAUUAGGUUUUAAAGGCUUGCCUGGAGUUUGGAAGUCUCUCUUGAACACUGACUGACUGCAGUGCUUCUACUUGAAGACUGUCUAUGGUGGGUAGUUCCUCAGGGCUCUGAAAUGCCUGGAGGCUUUGGGUUGGUUUUUAAGCUUUUAUUUUUUCCCUCCAGGAAUAGCAGGUUUUUUUUAAAUCUUAAAUUACUGGCAGAAAUAUUAGUAUUGGAGAUAUGAUGCCAGAGGUAAGCUGUGUUCAUGUAAACUAAUAUAGCAGAGUUAAACAUUAUAUUUAAUGGUUUUAAAUACUUUUGGUUUCUAUUGUAAAUAUAUUAGGAUUUGAAAUUGUAAAUAGGCGGUUCAUUGACUUCAUUUAGCACUUUCCUGAGAUAAAGCUGGGGAUGAUGUAUGAUAUAUUAUUGAUAUGUAAAUGAUACUGUCACUAAAGCGCACAUUAGUUUGAUAGCGUGAAAGCAGAAUGACAGGCUUCUUACUUUUAUUACAUUAACACUAAAAUCAAAGCUUGUAAUGGUGGUUUCUUGAGCUAAUAAAAUCAUACAGAAUUUUAGAUUCCCUAGCUGUCUAGGGGAAGGGGAUUACUUAGGAUAGCUUGACUAAUGUGUGUUAACAGUGACAUCUUAAAAUAAAAAGAACUUGUGAUCU